AUGAUAAUGCAGCGCAUCCUCAAUAACGGGACACUGCGCCGCGUCGCAGCAAACCGCCCCUUGCUGUUGGGAGUCACAGUCAUGGAGCCGCCGGUAACAUUUUGUUGCUGUGCCCUCCGCCUGUCGGUACCACCGUCCACACGGCGGCGCCUGCUGUCAACGUCAGCCUUCAACAGGGCAGCCCAUCAGCCAAAACACCAGCCACCGCCGGAGGAACCACAAUCCACCUCUGUACCUUCAACACAGGAAGAGCAGGAAAGGGAAGCUGUGCCUGAGGUUGCAGAGGUGGACCCCCUGCAGGACAAGUCCAUAGGCCUGGUCCAGAGGUUUAAGAGAACCUUCAAACAGUAUGGAAAAGUGAUGAUCCCUGUCCAUCUACUGACGUCCUCCGUCUGGUUCGGGACCUUCUAUUACGCUGCUAUGAAAGGUGUGAAUGUUGUGCCAUUCCUGGAGAUGAUAGGUCUACCAGAGUCCAUUGUAGGCCUUUUGAGAGACUCCUCAAGUGGCUACGCUCUGACUGCAUACGCCAUGUACAAGAUUGCAACCCCUGCCAGAUAUACAGUGACUCUGGGCGGUACAUCACUGUCAGUUCAGUAUCUCCGCAAGCAUGGCUACUUAUCCACGCCACCACCAGUCAAAGAAUACUUCCAGGACAAAAUGGAGGAGACGAAGGAGAAACUGACGGAAAAGAUGGAGGAGACAAAGGAGAGACUUUCCGAGAAAAUGGAGGAAACAAAAGAACUCUUAUCUGAAAAAAUGGAAGAGACUAAAGACAAGCUCUCUGAGAAAAUACAAGAAACCAAAGACAGAGUCACUGACAGCAAAUCAUUUUUUAGGAAGAAAAAUGAUUAGAAAAUUACUUUUUACUGGUUGGCCUGGGCUUCAAAAGAAUCAUGUGCCUGUAUAAAAACAGCAUCAAUGUAAGACUAAAUGGGAGAGAGCAGCACUGAUCCUUCUGAACUUGAAGCUCAUGGUUACCUGUGUGUGCAAGUCCAUCGAAGCCUUUCUGAAGGCUGGGUAUCACUUUGUGUCUUUUCUAAUGUAAGUAGAAAGAAAUUAAGUUUUUCUAUUGUAUUUUUAACGAAUAGCCCAAGCUAAUAUAAUACAUUAUUGUACCAUUUAGUGCGUGUGACAGACUGAAAGUGUGCGUAUCAAGUCACAAAGUCAGAUUGUUUGAGAUGUUCUUGGAGCAAAUAAAGUCGGUCAUAGGUGUGAAAAUGCAGUGAGUUCAGUUCAGUGUGUAUCAAAGUGUGUAUCAACACAACACAAACUGUGUAACACGGGCAGAUUGUCACAUGAAAAUCUUGGGUAGCCCAAUCUGGUAAAUAGAUAUAUGUUCUCUUCAGAAAUUUAAACAUGUCUGGUUAAAACCACAAAUCAAUAAAGUGAUAUGCUAAUAAUAAAAGUUUGUAUGCUGAA